AUGUCGUCGGCUGCCUUACAGACGGCCCCCCAUCAACACACCGCUCUGGCCUCGUCCCCCUUGAGCACACCGUCGUCCCGCCAGUACAGGCCCUCGCACUCAUCCCCUAACGGUAACGGCCAGGCGUACAAUGCCCAGCAGACCUCGACCGCUUCUUCAUCUUCGCGGCGACCUCCUUCACGAAAAACGAACGACAGCGCUCCCUCACCUUCUUAUCAUCUAGCUCCCGGCUUCGGUUCACCCGUCACCGCCUCAGCGCCUAACGACCAAGAACCUUCAGCCUCUGCCUCCGACUGGCAAGGCAACAUGCCUCCCGUCGCUCCCCCAAGGACCUCGUCCAACCACCAAAGUGGUAGCUCGCGGAGGUCUCAGUAUUCUAACGAAAAGUCUACCAAUUCUCCCCGUCGAAACGAAUCCACUCGAACUGGUUCGCGUGGUGAUUCAGCGGCUGCCGAGAACGGUCACCGAAGCAGCAAGGCUGACGCUGCUGCCCGAGCCAGUAGCCGAGACGGCAGGGCCGCAACUACUUCCAUGCCAGUCCGAUCCGCACAUAGCACGCCCUCGAAACCCGUCCACGAUGCCACUGACAGCUUGACGAAAGCAAUUGCAGCUGCUCAAGAUACCAUCGACCGGGAUCGCAAUCAUGCUGCAGCCCAGCAUAGCGUCGAAGAUGCCGCAGCGCCGCCUCCUGUUGUCGCGACGGGUGAUCACCAUGAGGAACGACGAGGACAGCGAAGCCGACACGAUCAUAGCCGAAGCCACAAGGGCAAUACCAAGUUCGGCGAUUUUAUUCUGGGCAAUACUAUCGGCGAAGGUGAAUUUGGCAAAGUGAAACUGGGUUGGAAGCAGGAUAGUAGCGUCCAGGUUGCUAUCAAGCUCAUCAAGAGAGACAGUGUGGGUAGCAACCCCUCUCGUUUUGCCAAGAUUUACCGCGAAGUUGCCAUCCUUCGCGGAGUCCAACAUCCUAAUAUUGUGCGUCUAAUCGACAAGGUCGAGACAGACCGACACAUUGGUAUCAUCCUCGAGUACGCGUCGGGUGGUGAACUUUUUGACUACAUCCUUAACCACCGUUAUCUAAAGGACAACGCGGCUCGUCGCUUGUUUGCCCAGCUCGUGUCUGGUGUUGGAUAUCUCCAUAAGAAGGGAAUCGUACAUCGGGAUCUGAAACUGGAAAACCUGCUUCUCGAUCGAAACCGCAACAUUAUCAUUACCGACUUCGGCUUCGCCAACACCUUUGACCCCAAUGAGGAAUUGAGCAAGGAGGAAGAGCUUAAUCUCACAGAUAAGGAAUUUGUGAAGCGAAUGGGCUUAGACCGGGUCAAGAUGAAUGGCUCUAGGAAGGGUGACCUCAUGCAGACAAGUUGUGGUAGUCCUUGUUAUGCUGCGCCCGAACUGGUUGUUAGCGAUUCUCUUUAUACUGGACGUAAGGUGGAUGUCUGGAGUUGUGGUGUCAUUCUGUAUGCCAUGCUCGCCGGUUACCUCCCCUUCGAUGACGACCCCGCCAACCCCGAAGGCGACAACAUCAACCUUUUAUACAAGUAUAUCGUGACAACACCUCUGACCUUCCCUGAAUACGUCACACCUCACGCUCGAGACCUGCUCCGCCGCAUUCUCGUGCCUAAUCCCCGUAAGAGAGCGGAUCUAUUCGAAGUUGCUCGGCACAGCUGGCUGAGUGAAUACGCGAACCUCGUUGAAUUCAUCACAAGCUCGACAACGUUACCGUCAGAAGUCCCCGAUUCGGGCGUGUCACCAGACGAUUACGCCGAGGCCCCGACGAUUGCCCGAAGCUCUUCUGUCCGCGAAGCUUCGAAGCAAAAACAAUCUCAUCCUCCUGUUGUUGGAGGACUGGCGAAGACUCAUGGCAGUGUUGAUCCCGAAUCUGAGACUACUCAUCGCAGCACACCGAAGGAUGCAAAGCGAAGAACAGUCCAGGUUGAAUACGUGGCCCCUACGACGAAAACUCAGCGCGGUGCAGAUGCCGCGCCUUCAAAACCUAGUUCCCAUUCCCUGCCACAGCAGGUACCAGUGGAUGUGCCUGAAGCCAAUACUGAGAAGCCUCUUCCGCGUGAACCUCCUAUGACAAAGGACAACCCUUCUCGUACCCAGUCGAGACGCCCACAGAGCUCGCACAAGAGCGCUGUCCCCCACAGGCCAGCUCGCGAUACCCGCGCCACUUCCGACAAUGCCUUUAUGACUGGGCCAACCAACACAGCAAGGCCAAGGACCCAAGGCUCAAUGCAAUCUUCUGCAUCAAUGGGUUUGCAGUCUCAUGGGAACUAUGGCCAGCCUGCACCUCCCACUAUUGCCGACACAAACGCUCACGGUCGAAUUCAACAACCUCAGAACCCUGAGGAUGAGGAGAACAUCGCCAAGACUGUGGGUAGUGUUCCUCCCAAGGUGAUGAAGAUGUCAACUUUCCAGAAUGAGACAAAGUCGACAGGCAGAGGUCACAAAAGGUCAAACACCCUGGGUGAUCUUGGUAACAAGAUCAUGGGCCGCAGCGGGUCUAUCUUUGGGGGACGAUCUAAGAAGCGACCGGAGCAGCAGCAGCAGCCUGAUAAAUCAAGGAAGUAUCCUCCCGUCAGUAUGCCCACCACCAUGAUGCCAGGUGAGGAAGCUGGUCCCAGGCCCUCCAUGGAAUCAAAGGCCUCCCGACGAUCAUUCUCUCUCGGCCUUGGAAAGAAGCGUAGUGGCAGUGUUCAAGGUUCUAGUGAUAAGAAGGACCGUCGGUUCUCACUGGUCAAGGCGAUGGGACUUGGCAAGGACCAGGGAAGUGUAACUGGAUCUGAGGCGGAUUCACAACAGGAUUUGCCCAUCCAACAUCCUCGAGCUGAGCAGCUCCGUGGCUACAGCGCUCACGAGGAGGCUCGACACAGCGAACCCUACUUCGACGCCCCCUACGAACAAUACCCUCAACGGGAUACAGCACAGUCUAGCCCUGUGUACCACACACGCCAUGCGAACGCUCAACAACAGGAUGGCCGAAGACCCACCGCAAUCCCUACAUACAUACAAGGUAGUCAUCUGAACACAGGCUCGGACUCAUCAGUGGAUGUGCGACGACCUCCCACUGAUUCAAGGUCUCGCCCAUACCAAGCGGAUUUCUCAGAGUCUGAAGGUUAUGAUGGACGACCAGUCGGAAGCAGUCGUGACGACCGAUCAAGUGUGCUUCAGAAGAGCCACAAGAAGUUUGCGGAUGCGUACGAUGGGGAGAAUUACCGUGGGCACGAAGGAAGCAGCGGAGCCGCCAAGCGGGUGAUGGAUUUCUUCAGGAGACGCGGAAAGGCAAGGGGUGGCGAGGACCGUAAUGAGGGACGAACACCAAGGGCUCUCGACGAUGCCCGUACGCAACUUGGAGACCGCCUAGGGUUGGUCCUCUCCAUAAUGCAUGCACAUACCUACACAUACUCACAUCACAUCAUGGCGCAAGGGGAUACGAGAUUGAGACUGGCUGGUGCGGUAGACGGGGAACAAAGAUGUGGGCUGGAUGACCCAAUGUUUCUGUACAUUCUGAAUCGCCGAAGAAGAAGGAAGAUGAGAAGAGAAGAGAAGAGAAGAGAAGAGAAGAGAAGAGAAGAGAAGAGGGAGGGACGGAAAGUGUUUUAUUUUAUUUGUCUGUUCGUAUACAACGCAUCUCAGCCAGUGGGCUGGAUUACGUGGAUUGUAUUGCGUUACCAGGGGCGGAGCCCACGAAGCGUGUCCGACGGCGUAUUGACCAAUUCACAAUUCGGCUCCGACUCUAGUUACACCCGAGUGGUAUCCCCGUGCGAUACGUUGCGUCACUUGGUGGGAUGGACUUAUGGCAGUCGCUCUGGUGCACAACCCGCAGCGCCCACUGCUCAGGGCUUGAAUGAGCACAGCAACCCUGAACACAAAGAGUUCAACGAAAAACAGAAUGGCAGCUCUGGCUCUGUCAACGGCGGUGACCGUCAAGGUCCCAGCCGAAACAACUCCUCUCUUCUCAAGGCUCUCUCUGCUGGCGAUGUCCCAUCUCACACAUCAUCUCAGGCUGCACGGCCGGGGUCUGUCAUAGAGACUCCCAACAAGGCCGAGGAGCCGUCACAAGAGAACCCCAAUCCAACCAGCAAAAUGAACAGAUUCUUCGCUGAAGUUAAGCGAAGUGUCAAAAUUUCUAUCUUCCACAGCUGGCUCAACAUCCUCCUCAUCUUCGUCCCUGUUGGCAUUGCAGUAUCCCAGGUAGAUGGCAUCAAUGGAGGUAUUGUUUUUGGUCUCAAUGCAGUUGCCAUUAUUCCUCUUGCUGGUCUCUUAGCUUAUGCUACCGAGUCUGUUGCCCGAAAGAUGGGUGAUGCUCUCGGCGCGUUGCUGAAUGUCACUUUUGGCAACGCCGUGGAACUCAUUAUCUUCAUCUAUGCCUUAACGAAAGACAAAAUUCGCAUUGUCCAGGCAUCUCUAUUAGGUUCAAUCUUAGCGAAUUUAUUGCUUAUCUUAGGUAUGAGCAUGCUUCUUGGUGGUUUGCGCUUCAGAGAGCAAGUCUAUAACAGUACUGUCACUCAAAUGAGUGCUUGUUUGCUCAGUUUGAGUGUUAUCAGUCUUGUUCUGCCGACAGCCUUUCAUGCUUCCUUCCGAGAUAAUGAUCUCGCUGACCGGCAAUCCCUCAAAAUCAGCCGUGGAACGAGCAUCGUCCUUCUGCUUGUAUACGUCAUCUAUCUCAUGUUCCAGCUGAAAUCUCAUGCUUACAUGUAUGAGUCGACUCCUCAGCAUAUCAUUGAUGCUGAGUUGGCCCCUGGACCCGCUGCCGGCCUUCUGGAUUCUUCCAGCUCUGACGACAGCUCAUCCUCAAGUUCCGAUUCAUCUGACUCUGACUCAUCUCAUGGUACAAUGCGAAAGAAAAUGAAAAAGGUUCUGCGAAAUAGGCGGCAUAGGAGAUCUAGCACUGCUUCAGUUGAUACCGCUGAUACCAAAGGAACCCGCAGUGCCUCGUUCACAACGACAAACACCACCCCACAGGAUGAGGUCUCUGAGGCAACAGCUUCGCGUCAUCGUUUUCCUCGCUUCCCAUCUUACGAGGGUAGUGAGAGUGCCAUUGAAGAAGAGGAUGAAGAAGAGGCAAAGCGUUCACGUCGACGCCGUCGAUAUCGCCGACACAGGCACCGCAAGAGCAAAAAGCAAGCUCGUGAUGCCAAGAAGGCCGCAGGCGUUACUGAGGCACAGAAUGAGCUGCCCGAAAAUGCUCCGCAGGACAAUAGCGAAUGUGAACCUCGACGUGUGGACUUCGCCGUUCAGGAUGACCUUGAGGCUGGCCCCUCAAACACUGGCAAACGGCCAUUCCCCCUGCGAGGAUUGUCUGUCAAAAACAUCGCCCCCGUUUUCACUGAAAAGUCGACGGUGGCAUCUACCCCUGUCCCUCACGUUCGCUAUGGAAUCAGACGUACAAAUUCUCUCCCGGACCGUCUCCAGUUUCGAGCUCCAGGCGCCAUGUUGCUCUCUUCUGUUCCUCCAAUCUUGACUGCCCCUGGUGCUCAAAUGAUCGCCAAGGAACAGGAGAACGAAGAAGACCACCUCACCCAGAGCGGUGCCAUCAUUCUUCUCCUCAUCUCCACAGCUUUGGUUGCAGUUUGCGCUGAAUUUCUGGUUGAUUCUAUUAAAGAGGUCGUUGAGACUUCUGGUGUCAACGAGGUCGGAAUUGGUCUCAUCAUUCUCCCUAUUGUUGGCAACGCCGCUGAACAUGUCACCGCCAUCAAGGUCGCAUACAAAAACCACAUGGAUCUCGCGAUCGGUGUCGCUGUAGGUAGCUCCAUUCAAAUUGCUCUACUCCUUACUCCCGUCAUGGUUAUUCUCGGAUGGAUCAUGGACAAAGACAUGUCUCUUUACUUUACACUAUUUGAGACUGUCUGUCUGUUCGUUUCGGCGUUUAUUGUCAACUUCCUCGUCCUGGACGGAAGAAGCAAUUACCUUGAAGGUGCUCUGCUCUGUGCGGUGUACAUCAUCAUUGCUGUUGUAGCCUUCUUCUAUCCCAAUGAACAGCAAGCCAGCGAGUGGGGUGGAGGUAGUUAG